UGUCCCACCUGCCCUCAGAUCCCCUCCUGCCAGCUGCCAGAGACCUCCAGCAGGAGGAGAGACAGACAUAGCUGGGGAGGUGAUGUGUGGGAUGCCAAGCAGAAGAGCAGGUUGGUAGCAAGACAAGGAGUCAGGUGACAGGACACAGUGUGUCACCUCUGGUGGUCCCUGCCUCUGGCUUCCUUGGCCCACACUUUUAGGGUCAUGCUUCCUGGAGCCAGGUCUUCCCGAAGUGUCAUCACCAAGUAUGACAAAGUGUGAGAUAAGGAGUAGAACUAGACCCAUGGGACCUGGCUCCCUGCCAUCUCCCCUCUUCAGCUGGGUCCCAGGGCCCCAACUCAGUCCCUGAAGAUCAUGCUCACCACACCUCUUCAGCUUUAGAGGCCACAUCACCUUGUUAUUUCGGGGUCUAGUCUGCCUUAUCCCCCUCCUCAUCUCAAACUAUCUGGCCUUGAGCCAUCUUUCUGCCUUAAAAACAGCUGCUGAUCUUCAUGCUACCUCCCUUGCUCAGGGGAACAUGAAACAGGCUAGAAAUGGCUCUCAGAAAGACAGGUAUUGUCAGCUCAAACUCAGGCCCCUCAUUGUCUUCUGUCAGUCCAUUUGGGGCUGGGCUCCCUGUGUGAACAGCACUCCAGGCUCCCAGAGUUUGAAAAACAACUUUGGUUCUUGGAUGGGUGGGCAUCUAAGUGGUCCUCAGGCAUCCUCCAGUUGAGAUGCAGGAGGAGGAGGAUGGACAGCAAGAUCUGACUCCGUGUGGGAAAGGCAGGGAGGGGGCUGUGCUGGAGUCCUGAUGCCCUCCUCCCCGAGAAGGCAGGGGCUCCACCAAAGAGCCAGCCCCAGGUAAUGGCCCUGCUCUCUCCUUUAAUGUCCUCCUGGCCCAGAGGAGGAAGGGAAGGGGUGUGGUGGGGGUGUUGGAGCCCCCCGCCUUUCCUGUUGAACAGGCAGGGGAAGGGUUAACUCAAAGCAGAGGGGAUCAGGUCACCAGCACUGGCUCCAGAUAUGCACUUCCUGGGGGCAGUCAACAGACAGGCCCUGCCACCUCUCAAUGCACCACCUGCCUGGCCAGCAGGAAGGGGUUAACCUGCCCUGCGCUUCCUCCUGUGUCCUGUUACUGCUUAGGCAGACCUGCUGGGCCAGCUGAGCAACUUUCCUCAGAGUGCUGCCUGGCGCUGGCUAGGAGGCAAACGCACGCGGGAAGAGCUGCUACCCAUUCCAGGGACCCUGCCGCUGCCCUUCUGAGGGGUCUGCGCCUCCUGGGAGCAGCCCCAUGUGGAACCCAAGGACGCAGCUGCUCUGCUGAGAACACGGCAGCCCAUCCUUCGAGAUCGUGACCUCGCCACAGUGGCCCUCAGCCCUCCACCUCCGGCGGGGGCGAGAGCCACCCACCUCCAAGUCUCCAGCCAUGACGACCUCCGCACUCCGGCGCCAGGUGAAGAACAUCGUGCACAACUACUCCGAGGCAGAAAUCAAGGUGCGCGAGGCCACCAGCAAUGACCCCUGGGGCCCCUCUAGUUCGCUCAUGUCCGAGAUCGCUGACCUGACCUUCAACACGGUGGCCUUCACCGAGGUCAUGGGCAUGCUGUGGCGGCGGCUCAAUGACAGCGGCAAGAACUGGCGGCACGUGUACAAGGCUCUGACAUUGCUGGACUACCUGCUCAAGACGGGCUCCGAGCGGGUGGCCCACCAGUGCCGCGAGAACCUCUACACCAUCCAGACACUCAAGGACUUCCAGUACAUCGACCGCGACGGCAAGGACCAGGGCGUCAACGUGCGCGAGAAGGUCAAGCAGGUAAUGGCCCUGCUCAAGGACGAGGAGCGGCUGCGGCAGGAGCGAACCCACGCCCUCAAGACCAAGGAGCGCAUGGCGCUGGAGGGCAUCGGCAUUGGCAGUGGGCAGCUGGGCUUCAGCCGCCGCUACGGCGAGGACUACAGCCGCUCCCGCGGCUCCCCGUCCUCCUACAACUCCUCCUCUUCGUCACCCCGCUAUACCUCCGACCUGGAGCAGGCCCGGCCUCAGACAUCAGGGGAAGAGGAAUUGCAGCUGCAGCUGGCCCUAGCCAUGAGCCGUGAGGAGGCAGAGAAGCCUGUCCCCCCAGCCUCCCACAGGGACGAGGACCUGCAGCUGCAGCUGGCUCUGCGCCUGAGCUGGCAGGAGCACGAGAAGGAGGUGAGGUCCUGGCGGGGCGAUGGCUCCCCCAUGGCCAAUGGUGCAGGGGCUGUGGUCCACCAUCGGCGGGACAGAGAGCCUGAGAGAGAAGAGAGAAAGGAGGAGAAGCUAAAAACCAGCCAGUCCUCCAUCCUGGACUUGGCUGACAUCUUCGUACCUGCCCUGGCCCCGCCCUCCACACACUGCUCUGCUGACCCAUGGGACAUCCCAGGUUUUAGGCCGAACACAGAGGCCAGUGGCUCCUCCUGGGGGCCAUCUGCAGACCCCUGGUCUCCGAUCCCCUCAGGAACCGUCCUGUCCCGGAGCCAGCCCUGGGAUCUGACUCCCAUGCUCUCCUCCUCUGAGCCCUGGGGCAGGACCCCAGUGCUGCCUGCUGGGCCCCCCACCACAGACCCCUGGGCACCGAACUCUCCCCACCACAAACUCCCCAGCACUGGGGCUGACCCUUGGGGAGCCUCCCUGGAGACCUCCGACACGCCUGGUGGUGCCUCGGCCUUUGACCCAUGUGCCAAACCUCCAGAAUCCACAGAGACCAAGGAGGGGCUGGAGCAGGCCCUGCCCUCUGGGAAGCCCAGCAGCCCUGCGGAGCUGGACCUGUUUGGAGACCCCAGUCCCGGUUCCAAGCAAAAUGGCACGAAGGAGCCAGAUGCCCUGGACCUGGACAUACUAGGGGAAGCACUAACCCAGCCAAGCAAAGAGGCCCGAGCUUGCCGGACUCCCGAGUCCUUCCUGGGCCCCUCGGCUUCUUCCUUGGUCAACCUUGACUCGUUGGUCAAGGCACCCCAGGCUGCAAAAACCCGGAACCCCUUCCUGACAGGUCUCAGCGCUCCGUCCCCCACCAACCCGUUUGGCGCGGGCGAGCCGGGCAGGCCGACGCUAAACCAGAUGCGCACCGGGUCGCCGGCGCUGGGCCUGGCAGGCGGGCCUGUGGGGGCGCCCCUGGGCUCCAUGACCUACAGCGCCUCUCUGCCCCUCCCGCUCAGCAGCGUGCCAGCCGGCUUGACCCUCCCCGCCUCGAUUAGCGUCUUCCCGCAGGCCGGAGCCUUCGCACCGCCCCCCGCUGGCCUGCCGCAGCCGCUGCUGCCCACGCCGAGCUCCGCCGGGCCGCGGCCCCCACCCCCGCAGACCGGCACCAACCCCUUCCUCUGAGCACCGCCCCGUCCCAGGCCGGCCUGCGCCUGCGCGAGACGCCCCGCGGCCCCCCGUCUGCGCCUGCGCCGGGCGCC